AUAUUUCCCAUUCAGAUGCCCUUCGUCAAGAAACUCAAGUCGGACGCGUACUUCUCCAGAUUUCAGGUCAAGUACCGCAGGAGAAGAGAGGGCAAAACCGACUAUUACGCCCGUAAACGCCUUGUGACACAGGCGAAAAACAAAUAUAACGCCCCAAAAUACCGCCUCGUCGUCCGUUUCACUAACCGCGACAUCAUCGUCCAGAUCGUAUAUGCACGUCUUCAGGGUGAUUUUGUUUUGACGGCCGCCCACUCGAGAGAACUGCCACGGUACGGAAUCAACCACGGCCUCACCAACUGGUCCGCAGCUUACGCUACUGGUCUGCUUUGCGCUCGUCGGGCUCUGACAAAGCUUGGACUUGCCGAUAAAUAUGAAGGCGUCACGGAGCCCGAUGGCACUCUCAAGUUAACCGAAGUUCUCGAUGAGGAAGACGCACCACGGCCCUUCAAGUGUUACCUUGACGUUGGCCUCAAACGCACAUCGACGGGUUCACGCGUCUUCGGUGCCAUGAAGGGCGCCAGCGACGGUGGAAUUUUCAUCCCCCACUCCGAAAAACGCUUCCCUGGCUUUGACCCUGAGAGCAAGGAGUUGGAUGCUGAAGUUCUCAAGAAGUACAUCUUUGGUGGUCACGUUGCAGAAUACAUGGAGAGUUUGGAAGAGGAAGAUGAUGAAAGAUUCAAGAAGCAAUUUGCAACCUACUUGGCAGAUGGUGUUGGUUCAGACGAUAUUGAAGAGAUAUACACAAACGCACAUUCCGCUAUCCGUGAGGAUCCUACUUUCAAGCCCACAGAUAAAUCUCAAGACUGGAGAUCUGAAAGCGUCAAGCACAAGGACAAGAAACUUACUCAUGCCCAAAGGCAAGCCAACAUCGCGGCCAAAAUCGAAAAGUUCAAGGCGGGUGGAGAUGCUGGGGCCGACGAUGAGGAGGAUUAGUGUCAUUUUGCCAUGUUAUUUGCGCUCAGAUCCCAUCAUUCAUGUCUUCUUGAGUGAUACACAAACCAUUUUAUCAUUGCAAGAAAUUCUAUGCACUUUCUAUGGGAUGCUAAUUGUAACUUCAUACUUAAGUCAUGUCCGACGUCGAUCUAGUUCUUCCGAAGAGCUAUCAC